AUGCAGCUACAGAUAGAACUUCAUGCCCUAGAAAAGAAGGGCAAAGCUAGUCAUGAAGCUCGUCUUGUGGAGGUACGGAAAGAGCUUGAUGACUUGAGUGACAAGCUUCAGCCUCUUGGAAAGAAAUACAAAAACGAGAAAAGGAUAACUGAUAAGAUUCGUAGGUGUACACAGAAACGAGAAGAGCUCACGUUUGCUCUACAGGAGGCUGAGAGAAAACAUGACCUUCCGAGAGCUGCCGAUCUAAGAUAUGAAACCGUUGGACCAGAGCACAUUGCUGCGGUAGUGAGCCGAAGGACUGGGAUUCCAGUGACCAGACUUGACCAGAACGACAAGGAGAGGCUAAUUUCUCUUGCUGAUAGGUUGCACCAGAGGGUUGUUGGACAAGACCGCGCGGUGAACGCUGUGGCUGAUGCAAUCUUAAGGUCGAGGUCUGGACUAGGAAGACCACAACAACCCAUUGGCUCUUUCCUCUUCCUAGGUCCAACUGGUUUCGGCAAAACUGAGCUAGCCAAGGCUCUCGCUGAGCAACUCUUUGACGAUGAAAACCUAAUCGUUAGGUUUGAUAUGUCUGAGUAUAAGGAAGCACACUCGGUUUCUCGUCUCAUCGGGGCACCACCAGGGUACGUUGGUUAUCAUGAAGGUGGACAACUGACCGAAGCUGUGAGGAAACGACCUUACUGCGUUGUACUAUUUGAUGAAGUUGAAAAGGCUCAUGUUUCCGUGUUCAACACGCUACUUCAAGUGCUAGAUGACGGGAGAUUAACAGAUGCGCAUGGGAGGACAAGCGAUUUCACAAACUCUGUCAUCAUAAUGACUUCAAACCUUGGUGCUACCCACCUUCUUUCAGGGCUUUCAGGUGAAGUGACAAUGGAGGUGGCUCGGGACCAAGUGAUGCAAGAGGUGAAAAUGUAUUUCAGGCCAGAGCUGCUAAACCGUUUGGAUGAGAUAUUGAUGUUUGAUCCUCUGUCGCAAGAGCACCUGAGGAAAGUGGUUCAACUUCAGAUGAAGAAUGUAGCUAUCCGGCUCGCUGAGAAAGGUGUAGAUAUGACUUUUACAAAUGCUGCAUUGGACUACGUUUUAGCAGCGAGUUACGACCCGGUGUAUGGUGCUAGGCCCAUGAGGAGAUGGCUGGAGAGGAACGUGGUGACAGAGCUGUCGAAGAUGAUUGUGCGAGAAGAAAUCGAUGACAACUCUAACGUGUACAUUGAUGUGAACGCGGCUAAAACUGAUCUUGCGUACCGAAUAGAUAAGAAUAGAGGAGGGUCAGUGGAUGAGAAGACGGAGCAAAUUUUUGAUGUGGUGACUCUUUCUGCGAAUAAGAGGAGAAAAAAUAAGGUGCCUUCAUCGUCGAAGAAAAUGAAAAAGAGGAGAAAAGUUAACGAAGUUAAGGAUUGA